AUGUCGAGUUUCACGCCAAACCAUGCCCUCCAGAACCCAAAGUUCGAGGGUUACAAACUGGAGGUAAUCUCACAAGAAGACGCUGUGACGCGCUUUGGCCUUGAAUAUAGACCCACACAAGUGGCUAAUUCUGGUCGAUCCCCACUGUCUUUCAAGGAGAUCCAGAGCAGGAUCACACAUAACCACCUGGCCAUGGCAAACGGCAGCGGCAGGUGUCUAUACAUCGACUCAGAGCAUCAUGUUAUCCUCGUCGACUUUACGAACGACAGUCACACACCAUCAUUUACUGUGGUUUAUGAACUUCCCACUCCGAUCAGCGCUCCUGCAUCUGUGCAGGUCCAUCGCGAAUAUCCAUCAGCAGUGUUUCUUGACGCAAGGACUGCAUUCGUCGCCGAUGGCCAAGGGGCACUUUACAUCCUCGGACUUCCUGCAGAAGGAGUUGCUACUAUCCUAGCUGCUUUGAACUUGCUGAUAACACGCAAACUCCUCAUUCGGCUCCGACUCCAUUCCGCAUUCACUCUGUCGCCUAAGUUGUCCGAUAGCGCAGCUAUAGCACUUCUGUCUUCUCGCUUCUAUGGAGACCCUGAAGCUGCUCAAACGCAAUCAAUGGCAAGCCAUGCAUCUGAAUUUGACGUCUGGGCUGCGAGAUUCUCGUUGCCUUUUCCAAACCAGAACAGCGAUCUCGCUCCCAUUGACAUUCUUUGGAGGAGGCGGGGACAGGAUGUACCCAUGCUGACGGAGUAUGACAAUUAUCGAAAAUGCUAUCUACUGGCUGGUAGCUCCGUCUAUCAUGAAGUGGCCCCUAUUCCGCGUCUGGGUGAGGAAUUAGAUGUAGAGACUCUCCCCAGGCCUCCACCAUAUUCCUGGACACAGACAUCUGACUCCGUGACAGUGGCCUUCCCUCUCCCUGCAACAACUCCAACUUCAAGCAUUAAAGUGACAUUUUCCCAAAAGACCUUGACGGUGCACGUCCAAACCACAUCACAUGUUGAAGGCGUCCCUCUUCCCCGCUAUUCUGCUCAACAGCUUUGGGACGGCAUUCAAACCUCCACCAGCUUCUGGACUUGGGAUCGCGAGGGAGAGCACUCAUUUGGAUUGCUCACGUUGCAUCUGGACAAACAGCGUGAAAAUACUCGAUGGAUGCAUGUAUUUGCAUCUGCGGGUACACCAGGCGGAGAGGAGGAAGUUCUAGAAACCCUCGACCCUUCAGAGCUCUACCUCAUCAGAGAGUCGUUGGAGAAGUACACAGCCGCACUCCAAAGUGGGGAGGAUAUGAGCGGGCUUGGACUGGGCCGAGGAGUACCAGCGCUUGCUCAGGGAGAGAUGGAUGAGGAAGUUGACUUUUCAGUCGGACGAGUGGCGUUCCUGACGUGGGUGGAUGAGGAUGGAGGGGUCCCUGUGUGGUCAUCUGGCUUUGGUAAUUCUGCAUGCAACAUUCUUUCGAUCGAUCUUCCUGGAUCGGGUCCAGGAGCAUCUAUGGUUGUGAAGAAUGGUAUUGAUGGCAUCCUGUUCGCAUUGGAUGAAGCACAGGGGGUGGGUUCUCUGCCUACUUGGACGCACAGCUCAACCUUCUCGGCGCUCGCCUUUGUGCUCGCCUCUAAGCGGGAUACACGCUUCACGUAUCAUGUCUCAUCGAAAGCGGUUUUGGCAUUCGAGAACGGCAGUAGGGAUCGAGGAGGGAAUGUAUACAUCUACCGCGGUGGGCGUCCGGGUCAACUUUGGGCAAAACAAAGUGUAUUGAAAGUCGGCGAUGGAAGCGCUGGUUCUCUGUUAGGUGUUGGUACGUUCAAAACGGCACAGGGGCACACGAUUGUCUGUCUGUGCGAGAAUGAGCUAGUGGUGAUGCACAACAUCUUUUGA